CCUUGGCGCGAAGCAACAUUUUUCGUGACCCUUCGGAUUGAACGACGGAAGAAAUUCGUAAAUUCCAAUAAUUAAAUUAAUCGACGUAUUUCUUGGAUCUACUGAAUCAAUCAUAUUGUGGUUGCGCUGAACCAUCAACUAUGCCUCGAAAAAGGAUGCGUGAAACGUCAAAUGACACCGAGAAAGCAAAAAGAACGUUUAGUUCGAAAUCUAGUAAGCUGUGCGAACUUUGAAGUCUGAUCACUUUUGCACAAUUGGGGUUUGAGCAAGAGGAAAGAGUUGUUGUUUUUUUUUGCGCUAGAGAAAGAUAUUAUACAAAGGCAUCAAUAUGAAACUGGAAGAUUUUAUCUGCAACUGUUUCUGGAUGGUGAACGAAUCGAGUGCACGGCCCCACGCCAAAGCCGUUUGGCUGUGGGGCGACGAGCGGCGCUUUAUACGACUGGAGAAGGUUGUGUCGACAGGGCCGCCAAUAAAAAAUCUGUAUGGAUUUUUAGUCUACCGGCUGUAUCCAAUGGUCUACCGGUACGAUGUUGUGUGGGACUCCACAACCAGAAAUCCUAAGCUGCUGUUUAACAUCUACGACUGUGAGGGUACUCGACUGAAUAUGCAAUCCGUGUGUUCGCUGCUUGGCAUCAAGUACAAUUUAGAUGCGGAUGAUGAUGAUUCACUGGACGUGGAACUCCACCCGAUACUGAACAUGCCGUACUAUUGCUUGCCCCGCAAGCUGUUGGCACAACCGAACGGCCAGUGGCUGGACAUUAAAAAUCCCAUCCUACGAUAUUUGCUCAAAUACACAUCGUUCACUAGCCUGACGCAGGAAGAGCUGCUUGAACUCAGCGAUGAAUCGCUGUACAUCGAGUAGAUUGACCGUAUAUUUAUCCUAGCUAAAUACCUCGACUUGCCUUAAUAGAUGUGUACCUCGUUGAUC